AUGCUCCUCGCCUACUUUGAGGCUCUUUCUGGCCAAGCAUGGUCCGAAUUUCCGGAGAAGACCCCGAUCAAACCCAUUCUAACCUCCUCAUUAUCUGCUGCGUGGACUCGCCACGUUGAAGGUGCGUAUGCAUUACUCACUAUGCGACGGGAUCGCUCAAACCAGUCGCGGGUGAGUGCGUGCCUCAACUACCAUGUCAGCAAUACCGUUCGUGCUCGUUGUGUGCAACAACACAUACGCAUAAAUCCGAAAAUAACUUCGCCCAAUCUCAUAGCUCCGUCAUUGCUCGGAGAAGAACAAGACCGUCACUUUCUCCUUCUUAUUGAGACAUAUGCGCAGCUCAGGGCCGCCAUGCGUGAGGGUUCACUCAAUGAUCCUACUGAGAUCAUCCGCCGUGCUAGACUCAUUGAUAGCCGGGCUGUCUCCAUGACCAAAGAUCUUGAGGUUUCGGCUUGGAGGUUCGACAUUGUCACCACGACUCGCGAAGUUGCCGGAGUGUACAGGAACAGAUAUCACCUUUACGCGGAUCACCGAGUUGCCCAGCGAUGGAACACCAUUCGGAUGACCAGGAUGAGCCUCAACGAGAUAAUGUACGAUCAUGCCCAGCAACACCGGGAGCUGUCUGACCAAUGUGGCCGAUUCGCCAGGAUAGUCGAACAGAUGGCUACUGAUAUCUGCCAAUCUUCAUCGCAAUUCUUGACAGCAUCUGGAUCGUUGCGUGGAUGCUCGCCAACCCGAUCGAGCAUUGCAUCUUCAUAUUUUCUCAUAUGGCCUCUGUUCAACUCUGCCGCAACUAAAUUGUCCCCAGACUCGAUAAAUACGUUUGUCAUUGACAGACUGCACUACCUUCACCGGGAAAUGAACAUACCACUAGCAAGAACGGCGGCGCGAAUGUUGCAAGAAGGAGACGUAGACGAAGACUGGAUGCACAUGAUGCAUCUGUUCUGA